AUGGUGUAUGACCCAAGUCAGAACAAGUGGAUUAGCUGCAGUGCAAUGCUGCAGAGGAGAGUGUACCAUGUAAUGGCACCGGUCCGCAGAAAGCUUUACGUCCUGGGGGGAAACGAUCUAGACUACAACAACGAUCGUAUCCUUGUGCGGCACAUAGACUCCUACGACGUUGACAUGGAUCAGUGGGCGCAGUGCAGCUUCAGUUUGCUUACAGGACAAAAUGAGUCAGGAGUAGCUGUCCACAAUGGAAGAAUAUAUCUUGUAGGAGGAUAUUCUAUAUGGACCAAUGGGCCAAUCCUGUGUUAUUUAAUCCAGGUGCUGGGUGUUAGCGCAGAAGGCAAGGAGGAGGUGUUCUAUGGCCCGACGCUCCCAUUCGCUUCCAAUUGUAUUGCAACCAGCAUCCUCCCAGCUCCAUAUUUCACCUGCCCCAACCUCCAGACCUUGCAAGUGCCUCAUCACAGAAUCGGUACUGUGUAAAAAAAAAAAAAAAAGCAUUGAACACAUCUGCAUCCUCAAGAUCCAAUGUGAUACAACAUCCUCAAAACAAACCAAAUGUCUCUCAUUUGCAGUGUAACUUUCUGCAGCAUAAAAGCAGAAAAGACUGGAUCUCACUCCCCAGAAGUGAAUGUUGUAAAUGGAUGAUGCAGCUACGGCAAACUAGAAAUACAGACAUACAUGUACGGAGCCUCAGUGUAAGAGUGAAGAAUGGGCCCUAUUAAAACAAAGGCCAUGUUUAAAGAGUUUCAACAAUAGUACAAAUGUAUUAAAUGUAUGUAACAGGUAGGAAAUGAA